AUGGCGCAAGAACUGAGGUACGAUAAUCAGACUGUGGUAGUCACAGGUGCUGGCGGUGGUCUGGGCAAACAAUAUGCAUUGUUCUUUGCUUCGAGAGGAGCAAAUGUGGUUGUGAAUGAUCUCGGUGGUUCGUUCAAGGGAGAGGGUGCCGGUACUAAGGCUGCAGAUGUAGUCGUUGACGAGAUCAAAGCUGCUGGUGGAAAAGCCGUAGCUGACUACAACAGCGUCGAACAGGGCGACAAGAUUAUCGAGACUGCUAUCAAGAACUUCGGUCGAAUCGACGUUCUCCUGAAUAACGCUGGCAUUCUCCGAGAUGUCUCUUUCAAGAAUAUGAAGGACCAGGACUGGGAUCUGAUCCAGACUGUCCACGUCAAAGGUGCAUACAAGUGCGCAAGAGCUGCUUGGCCACAUUUCAGAAAACAAAAGUAUGGCAGAAUCAUCAAUACAGCUUCAGCGGCUGGACUAUUUGGCAGCUUCGGCCAGUGCAACUAUUCAGCAGCCAAGCUUGCCCAAGUUGGUUUCACAGAGACCCUGGCGAAAGAGGGUCGCAAAUACAACAUCCUCUGUAACGUGGUUGCACCUAUUGCCGCGAGCAGAAUGACUGCAACCGUUAUGCCACCAGAAGUCUUGGAGGUCUUGAAGCCAGAAUGGGUCAUUCCACUAGUUGCAGUCCUUGUCCACUCCUCGAAUGCGAACACCACUGGCACUAUCUUCGAGUGUGGAGGAGGCCAUAUGGCUCAGCUGAGAUGGGAACGGGCUAAGGGUGCUCUGCUUAAGGCUAACGAGAGCUUGACCCCAGGCGCGAUCCUCAAGAAGUGGUCAGACGUAAACGACUUUUCCGAAUGCGAGCAUCCAGAUGGUGUCGCAGACAUGAUGACUAAGCUAGAAGAGUCAAUGAAAAUGGGCGACAACGACAAAGGUGAGGAGAUUCGUUUCGAUGGAAAGGUUGCUGUGAUUACUGGUGGUGGUGCGGGUCUCGGCCGUGCCUACUGCUUGCAACUAGCUAAGCUUGGUGCCAAAGUUGUUGUGAACGACCUAGUGAACCCUGACAACGUGGUCCAAGAGAUUCAGAAACUUGGCGGACAAGCUGUUGGUAACAAGGCCAACGUACUCGAUGGUGAUGCUGUUGUAAAGACAGCCAUUGACACCUGGGGUCGUAUCGACAUUCUGAUUAACAACGCUGGUAUCUUGAGGGACAAGGCUUUCGCUAAUAUGACUGACGAUAUGUGGGACAUCAUUCUGGAUGUUCAUUUGAAGGGCACAUACAAGUGCUCCAAGGCUGCGUAUCCAUACAUGGUCAAGCAAAAAUACGGCAGGAUAGUCAACACCACAUCGACAAGUGGUAUUUAUGGCAACUUUGGCCAGGCUAAUUAUGCUGCAGCAAAAUGUGGUAUCCUUGGGUUCUCUCGAGCACUUGCCCUGGAAGGCCGAAAGAACAACAUCUUUGUCAACACGAUUGCACCAAAUGCUGGCACAGCACUCACCAGAACGAUCAUGCCCGAGGAGAUGGUACAAGCAUUCAAGCCAGACUAUGUUGCACCUCUCGUGCUGCUGCUCGUUUCAGACAAGAUGCCAGAUCCACCAACAGGUCUUCUCUUCGAGGUCGGCAGUGGUUGGCAGGCACGAACCAGAUGGCAGAGAUCUGGUGGCCAUGGCUUCCCGAUCGACGUCAAGCUCACUCCAGAGCAGGUGGUUGAGAAGUGGUCAGUUAUCACAAACUUUGAUGAUGGACGAGCAGACCAUCCAGAAGGUGGGCAAGAUGGCCUGAAAUCGAUCAUGGCCAACAUGGAGAACAAAUCGAACAAAUCGAACAAAUCGAGCAAUUCUUCUGAUGACUCGGAGGACUACAAUGCCUCUAUCGAGAAGGCCAAAUCUGCGAAAGCACAAGGUACAGAGUUCAAUUGGGACGAUAGGGAAGUCAUUCUCUACAACUUAUCUGUUGGUGCCAAGCGAACACAACUGCCACUCACCUUCGAAGGCAAUGACGACUUCCAAGUGUUGCCGUCAUUCGGUGUCAUUCCACCUUUCUCUGCCGUCGCUCCGUUCUCGAUGGACGAGAUUGUUCCAAACUUCUCGCCUAUGAUGCUGCUUCAUGGCGAGCAAUACCUGGAAAUUCGCAAAUUCCCUAUUCCAACUAAGGCAGAUACAGUCUCGUAUCCUAAGCUUGUCGAGGUUGUAGACAAGGGCAAGGCUGCUGUUGUGGUAUCAGGUACAGUCACAAAGGAUGCUAAGACUGGUGAAGAAAUCUUCUACAACGAAUCAACAGUAUUCAUUCGAGGCAGUGGUGGAUUUGGUGGGCCUAAGAAGGGCACCGAUCGUGGUCGUGCAACAGCUAUCUAUCAACCACCAAAGCGUGCGCCUGAUGCAGUCACUGAGGAGAAGACGACGGACGAUCAAGCAGCACUCUACCGACUCAAUGGCGACCGCAAUCCACUACACAUCGAUCCAGAAUUCAGCAAAGUGGGUGGUUUCAAGGAUCCAAUUCUUCACGGCUUGUGCUUCUUCGGCUUUAGUGCCAAACACAUCGUUGAGAAUUUCGGACUGUUCAAGAACAUCAAGGUCAGGUUUGCUGGUACUGUAAUACCUGGCCAAACACUGGUCACUGAGAUGUGGAAGGAGGGCACUACGAUCGUGUUCCAGACUAAGGUCAAGGAGACUGGUAAGCUAUGUAUAGCUGGUGCAGGUGCUGAGUUGUUGGGACAACCGAAGCCCAAACUGUAG